AUGGCUGGGGUGAAGCAAGACCAGGUCCCUCAAACCGUGGGCUUUCUGGAGGUCAGCCUCACCGGGCCGAGGAUGAGCGGCUUCGCUGGUCCGGCGUGGCCACGGACCUGCACCAUCUACGUGGCCAUCGCCGACGAGGUAGUCGCCUGUCAAACGCUUCCGUUCGACUUUGACAAGGAUGACUUCAAGACGUGGAGGCUGGCGAUCAGGAUCCCCGUCGCGUCGAACUGGCCGGACCUAUCUCUAGAUAUCUUCGUGGAGCGUGCCGACUUCCUCUUCCGAAGGAGGACGAACAUGGUGGUGGUGACCCGCGGGGGACCCCACACCUCGGGCCAUACCGCCGUCAUCAGCAGGGCACGGGUGCGGCUGCUCGACGCGCUGGUGCUCAGGGACAUGGAUGAUGAGGAGGAGGAGGAGGAGAAGAAGAUGAAGAGGCGCCGCAACGAGGUGGUGGAGGGGAACCCAAGGCUGCUGGAAGGGACGAUGCCGUUCGGCAAGGUGGUGAAGCUGCUAGACUGGGAGUUGCCGGCACCCGGGGACGAGUACGGGAACCCACGGGCUGUGGUGCGCGGCACGGUGGAUGUGCGUAUCAACUUGAGGCCGCCGUUCUUUUAG